CAUGCACCAACUGCUUCUCCUCUCAAUCCCUCUAUAAAUCCCCACACAUAACUUCUACUAACCACACCUACAAGCAGCUACAACCUCUUUCUUUUUUCUUUCUUUCUUUCUUUCAUAUAUAGUCAACUCAGCAACCAACCAUGGAGAUGGAGAUAGACAUGAUGGACAUGGAUACUAUCCACAACCUCGACUUCUCCGGAUACAGCACCAUCACCAACACCACCCCCUCUUCCGAAGACGACUACGCUUACUGCACCUGGAACCACUGGUCCCCCCUCGUCAACUGGGACGCCUUAACCGCCACCCCGGACGACUUCCACCACCUCCUCGACUCCAUCGUCAGUGACGGCGCCGUCGAGGACAACCUCAGCCCCGACAACGUCGGAAGCAACUCCGUGACGGAGGAAGAGGAUUUGAAGGGUCUGAGACUGGUCCACCUCCUGAUGGCCGCCGCGGAGGCCCUCACCGGCGCCACCAAGAGCCGCGAGCUGGCUCGAGUGAUAUUGGUUCGGCUCAAGGAGUUGGUGUCCCACUCGGCGCACGCCUCCAACAUGGAGAGGCUGGCCGCGUACUUCACCGACGCGCUCCAGGGCCUGCUAGAAGGCGCAGGGGGUGCGCACAAUAACAACACCAGGCAUCAUCCUAAUCAUUAUCAUCAAAAUGACACCCUCGCGGCGUUCCAAUUGCUUCAGGACAUGUCACCCUACGUCAAGUUUGGACACUUCACAGCGAACCAGGCCAUCCUGGAGGCCGUGGCCCACGAGCGCCGAGUCCACAUCGUCGACUAUGACAUCAUGGAAGGGGUCCAGUGGGCCUCCCUCAUGCAGGCCCUCGCCUCCAACAAAACAGGCCCACCCGCGCCGCACCUCCGAAUCACAGCAUUGUCCCGCACCGGCACCGGCACUGCCCGAAGGUCCAUCGCCUCCGUGCAAGAGACUGGCCGCCGCUUGACCGCCUUUGCCGCCUCCCUCGGCCAGCCCUUCUCCUUCCACCAGUGCAGGUUGGACUCCGACGAAACGUUUCGCACUUCCUCUCUCAAAGUGGUUCACGGAGGCGGAGCCGGAGAGGCUUUGGUCUUCAACUGCAUGCUGAACUUGCCACACCUUAGUUACCGUGCUCCUGAUUCAGUGGCCUCGUUUUUGAGUGGGGCGAAGGCGUUGAAGGCCAGGCUGGUGACCGUGGUGGAGGAGGAAGAGGAGGCGGGGUCCAAUGUGGGAGGGUUCGUGGGAAGGUUCAUGGACUCGCUGCAUCACUACUCGGCCGUGUUUGACUCGCUGGAGGCUGGAUUUCCGAUGCAGAGCCGAGCCAGGGCCCUUGUGGAGCGCGUUUUCUUGGGUCCCCGGAUAGCUGGGUCGUUGGGCCGUAUAUACCGGACGGGGGAAGAGGAGGAGAGGGGGUCCUGGGGGGAGUGGUUGGGUGCGGCGGGGUUCAGGGGAGUUCCCCUAAGCUUCGCUAAUCAUUGCCAAGCGAAGCUUUUGCUGGGCCUUUUCAACGACGGAUACAGAGUGGAGGAGUUGGGGAGUAAUAAGUUGGUGUUGGAUUGGAAAUCUAGGCGCAUGCUUUCUGCUUCACUUUGGACUUCUUCCCCAGAUUCUCAUUAAUUCAAAUUAACUGAAACCAAGUCAUAAACCUUUGUUUUACUUCUUCUUCCCUUUUAUACUAGUUUUACUUUCACAAUCUUUGCUACCUAACAUGACUUAUGAAUGUCACCUAGUCCCACCACCUCAGCCUCACCUCCUAACACUUCAUUUUCUUCCUCACAUUUUUUUCUCUCUUCACAUUCUAUUUUGAGUUCCUCAACUUUAUACAGUCUCUAUAAUUUCAAACCAAACUCUUUUUCAUACUGCCCAAAUCCUCUACUACAUAUGUUCAUAUAUGUAAAUGUAACCAAACAUGUACAUGUUCAAUUCAUGCUUCGCUUUACUUAAUAGGGGAAAAAGGAGUAAGGGGCCUUCCAUUUCAA